ACCGACCACCUGACACAACAGACGAAGGAACCGGAAAUGUAGCGAUUAUUCAUCCAAAAAUCCAUCAUGUGGAGUUUAAAUAGCGGAAUAUAUGUUUUAUUGAGGACAUGGCUUGUUUGCGUGUCGCUUUUCUUCAGCCUCGGACUGGCUGGGAAAAUGAAGAUUGUGGAGGAGCCAAACACGUUUGGGCUGAACAACCCGUUCAUGGCGCAGGGAAACAGGCUGCAGCCCAAAGUCUCUCCUGCGCCUGUGUCUGGCCCAGCGCAUCUUCAUCAUCUUGCAGGAAAGUGCUUCAGUCUCACAGAAUCGAUGUAUAAAUACGAGUUCUGUCCCUUCCACAACGUGACUCAGCACGAGCAGUCAUUCAGAUGGAAUGCCUACAGCGGCAUAUUGGGGAUCUGGCAGGAGUGGGAAAUGACCAACAAUACUUUUACAGGCAUGUGGAUGAGAGACGGCGACACAUGUGGAACCAGAAACAGAGAAACAAAGGUGGUUCUGGUUUGCAGCAACAGCAGCAAACUGGUCCAGGUGUCGGAGCCAAGCACCUGCAUUUACUCGCUGACCUUUGAGACGCCGCUUGUCUGCCAUCCACACUCGCUGCUGGUGUACCCCACCCUGAAUGAGAAGCUGCAGAAGGAAUGGGACGAGGUGGAGCAGGCUCGCUACGACGGCCUCAUUACUGAGCAGGGCUACAACAACCUUCUGAGAGACGUUUUUGAGGAUGCUGGACUCCUGAAGAGCAACAAAGUGACAGAGACUGUUGCAAAGGCUGAAACACGUUCAGAAAAACACAACUCCUUACAGAAAUGCCAAGAAGAUUAUCAAAAGCAGAGUGAAGAGGUAGCGAGGCUGCGGGCUCUCCUCACCCUGAAUAAUAUUUCCUUUGAGUCACAGCCAAACGAGGAGAAAGGUGCAACGACAGCGCCGGCUGAAGAUCAACACCUGAGAGGAGACACGGGCCUUUUUGACCAGCUGUGAAGAUCUCCAUCACAAACAGGAUGUUCACUUUUUUUUGUUGUUUUUUUAAGACUUUCUGGUCAGUUUGAGUCUCUGAGGUCCACAAGAAAAGCAGUCCCGCGUGUUUGGAUGUUUUAUAUGUAGUUUGGACUUAAACCUGUGUAUUUAUGUUAUGUGUUGUUCGGACGCAACAUCAUUGGAAUUAAAACAAGACCAAACAAAAAA